ACAGCCCAGACAUUGCGCAGGAUACAGUAUAGCUGGGGAACGGCGAGAGAGUUACGGUAGUUUUCCUAGCACUUGAGUUGGUUUAGUGUAAAUAAAAGACUCUUUGGAAAAAGCUCAUGUGUUAGAGCAGGGUUUUGUCGGAAUAACGCAAAACUGGAUGAAGUUGCCAAACGUAAGUAACCAGGGAAAAUGUAUGGCUGUUUAGUGCAGUCAACAGUCGGCAACAAAUAUGGCUUCGUGUGCCUUUUCCUAUUUGUUAUAAAAAUUGCGAUCCCAUGCCAUUCUAUGUCAUGGCUGUUCUGCUGAAUUCAUACAAGUGACAAUUAGGAAGUUAGUUCCUUGUUCGCUUAUCGGGCAGGGGGGGGGGGGUCAUUUUGGAGAAAUAAAGCCAAGGAUACGUUAGCUAACCAGUCUGCUAACGUUAGCUAGUUAGCUACCGAACUAAAGCGAACGGCAAUGGAGCCAAAGCACAAAGAGUUGUUAGACCAAUGCCACCAAAACUUGCUGGACUCAAUAACUGACGCAGACCGGCUGAUAGAGUUGCUGAUACUCUCCGGUACUCUAAGCCAGCUCGACCGCUUCGAACUGGACCAAAACUGCUCUUCCAGCGCGGAGAAAGUGGACCAGCUUUUGAAGAUGCUUGUGAACAAGGAAAGCGACCAUUUCCUCGAACUGUGUGUGGCCUUGGAGAAGACGUACCCUGAGCUGUAUUCUGCACUCUUUACUAACGGCGGUGGACCCGUUGACCAUUCGUCUGGUUCUACAUACAGUGUUCUCUCCACCAUGCCCUCAGACUCUGAGAGUAGCAGCUCCCUAAGCAGUGUUGGUUCACCCCCCGGUACCGGUAACGGCUCAGCCUCGUCUCCGCCCCCAGCCCUCAACGACAACCGGCCAGCUGGUGACAACCUGGACACCAUCCUGUUCCAGCUGCGCCAGGUGACCCGUGAGAGGGACGAGCUCCGCAAGCGCCUGGCCCUGGCAUCACCCGGCACCACCUUCGACGACUGCAGGCCAAAUUCCAAAGCCAGCCAUGAUUACGAGCGUCUGAAAAACCAGUGUAUGGGGGCCAUGGCAGAUCUCCAGACUCUACAGAACCAACACACCAAGACUCUGAAGAGAUGUGAGGAGGCUGUCAAGGAGGCUGACUUCUACCAUAUGCUCCACAGCCGUGUGUUAGGAGACCAGUCUCAGCUGAAGGAGGAGCUGGAGGUGUUGAGGAGAGACCACGCUCAGCUGGUCAGGGAACACAACCACCUGAAGCAGAGCUGUGAGGAGCUCCGCAGGAUGCACAGUGAUGGCCAGAAGGAGGUGGCUGACAUGAGGCUGCAGCAGCAAGAGGUGAUGAGAGAGAACGGUUCCUCAGAGGUUCUCAACAAACUGUACGACACAGCCAUGGACAAGCUGGAGGGGGUGAGGAAGGAAUACGAUUCGCUGAGCAAACGCUACGGUGAGAAAGUUGCCAAUCACAACACGGACCUGAGCAGGCUGGAGCAGGCGGAGGAAGAGAACCGACGACUACAGAAACAGAUGGACACGUUGCUGAAACAACGAGACAAGGCCAUACACUACCAACAACAUUGCUCUACGUCCAUGAGGAGGUUUGACUCUGUACAACAGGAGCUGGACAAGUCUUCAGCCCAGAACAAGGUGCUGCAGCGGGAGGUGGAGCGGCUGCAGUCGGAGGUGAUGCGCUGUAAGAACUUCCAGCUGAAGGCAGUAAAGGACUGUGAGAAGUUCAAGGAGGAGAGAGACUCUGUGUUCAACGAGUACAGGCUCAUCAUGAGUGAGAGGGACCAGGUGAUCAAGGAGCUGGAAAAGCUGCAGAUGGCGCUGGAGGCUGCAGAGGCCCGCCUCAAAAACACCUCUUCUGAAAGGAUGGUGGCCAGCGAGGAGACGGAGGCUCUCAGACAGGAGCUGAACUCAUCGUUGGUGGAUCGGGACAGAGCAAUCUGUGAGAGGAACGAGCUGUUGGAGAAGUACUGCCACGAGGUGAAGGACAAGGCUGAGGCCCAGAAGGAGUUGAGCCAGGCCUGUAAAGACAUUGAGACGGUCCGGGAGGAGAGAGACGUGGCUCGCAAGGAGAGGACAGAGGCUAUCAUACAGAAAGAACAGCUACUGAGAGAAUACUACCAGGCUAGACAGAAACAAGACUCUGCCACCCUGGACAUAGAGCGUGUCAACAAGGAGAUGGAGGUGUUGCGGAAGCAGUACGAAGCCAUGUCCCAGGAGCUGAAGGAGGCCACGCAGGAGGCUGAGGUGGCCAAGUGUCGACGUGACUGGGCCUUCCAGGAGAGAGACAAAAUAGUGGCAGAGAGAGAGAGCAUACGGACGCUGUGUGAUAACCUGCGUAGGGAGAGGGACCGGGCAGUCAGCGAUCUGGCCGAUGCCCUGCGUAACCUUGACGACAUGAGGAAGCAGAAGAACGACUCGUCACGGGAACUGAAAGAAUUCAAAGAGAAGAUUGAGAGCCAGCUGGACAAGGAGGCAAGGUUCUGUCAGCUGAUGGCACACAGCUCCCAUGACUCGGCUAUCGACACAGACUCUCUGGAGUGGGAGACUGAGGUGGUGGAGUUUGAGAAGGACAGGGAUGACAUGGAUUUGAAGGCACUUGGGUUUGACAUAGCAGAAGGGGUAAACGAUCCGUAUUUACCAGGAGAUUGUGGAAUAUUCGUAACAAGAGUUGACAGAGGAAGUAUUGCAGAUGGAAGGUUAAGAGUGAACGAUUGGCUGCUGAAGUUAAAUGAUGUGAAUUUGACCAAUAAGGACAGGAAGCAGGUGGUGAACGCGGUGCUUAAUGGAGGCGGACUGAUCAACAUGGUGGUGCGCAGGAGGAAGUCUCUGGGAGGGAGGCUGGUCACCCCCAUACACAUCAACCUAAUCGGACACAAAGACAGCGGUAUAGGUCUGGAGAGUGGUGUGUUUGUGACGGCCCUGGUCCAGGGGAGUCCUGCUGCCAGAGAGGGAUCUCUGACAGUCGGAGACAGACUUAUCGCUAUCAACGGCAUCGCUCUGGACAACAAGUCGGUGACGGAGUGCGAGACUCUGCUGAGGAACUGUAGGGACUCUCUAAGCCUCUCUCUCAUGAAGUUCUUUCCUCACAGUUCGUCGGGCCAGAGCAUCUUCGAGAGCCUGCGGGAGUCAUCGUCCAACGGCCGUCUCUCCGAGGUACUCUCCAGGAACAGCCUCAAACACAACAGCUCCACGCAGACAGAAAUCUUCUGCCCCGACACAGGAGGGGGGGGUAGUAACGUCAACAUCCCUGGAGAGAGGAGGAAGGGUGGGGCAGGUGAACCUGAGGAGGGGAUGGGGGUGUACGGGGACAUCAGGAAGCCCUUUUCCAUGGUGUCUCUCCACUCAACCAGCCUUCGGCCGUCCUCUGACCUCGGUCUGGGUCUCCCAGGCCGCUACGGCUCCAGCGCCUUCCAGGAGUGCUGCUCUGGGUCCCCCUAUGCCAAUGCACCCCCACCCCCCAUCACCUAUGACCCCUCUAAACCUGCCGACUGCAUCACCAUGGAGACCACCCUGGAGAGGAAGCAAAGUGGUGGCACCUGGCCCAAGGUGAUCGUAGGUGGGAUGUCCGUCGCCGUGGAUACGACCACAGCGAUGACUCCGACCCAACUGUCCAUCUUCAAGUCGCCCAAACAGAGGAAGUCUAUCUUCAACCCGGAUGCCUUCAAACCACGGCCUGAGACAGCGCCCCAGUCUUCCAAGAUGGAGUUCCUGUCGUCCAGUCAGCUGGUGGCCCACUCCCCGCAGCCCUCCAAGAUGGAGUCUCUCUCCUCCUCCUCUACGGCCACACCCACACCUCCGACUCCGCCCACCCGCAACGAUUCGUUCAAAUUCAAACACAAACAGCAGAGCAGCUCUGCUUCCGACUGCACGCUUACCUCCGACGGGGGCAAAGGGGAGGCUGUUGCCAUGGUUAUGGGGGAGAGCAGUGGGGAACGAGAGAGGGACAGGAACGGGAACCACUACUUCCUGGACGGGAAGGUCCUGACACAGAGGAAGUCAUGUGACGAGGACAUUGGUCGAACCCGGGGUGAGGAGCCUGAGGUAAAGAGGCCCCGCCCUAAAUCUGCCCCAGCUCUCAGACGUAGGAUGACCCCCCAGUCCAUCACCCUGCCCUCCUUCCAGAGCUACUCCAAUGAUGACCACUCUCCAGAUCCCAGAGAGAUGCUUCGCUCCUCCCCCAACCGCUUCCACAGACAGAGUGUGGGCUUCGGCUCCACAGUCUACAACGGUACCUUGUCUGCAAAUUCGGCCCAUCGUGGCCUGGCCCCGUGUCCAGCAGUGACUGCUGUGAUGAGGAACCCAGUAUACACAGUCCGCAGCCACAGAGUCCACACCAACAACUGUCCCUCUGUCUCCUCCCAGAUCUGCCAACACCAGCACAACAACCAACACCACAGUCCGCAGCACCAGGGUCGUCUGAGCCUGGACCUGAGCCAGAAACGUCCAGCAGCAGACUACUCAUCGUCCUCGUCACGCAGCAGCAGCACCUCCCAUGGUACCAACUCACUACCCUCCAGCGCUCGCCUGGGCCUUGGUUGGUCCAGUAACGUCCAGUACCGGACAGAGAGGAUAAAGAUCCCCUCCACUCCCCGCUACCCACGGUCCAUGCUGGGCUCUGACAGAGGCUCCCUGUCCCAUUCAGAGUGCAGCAGCCCCAGCCUCAUCUCUCCACCCCACUCACCUCUCAACCUGGAGACUUCCUCCUUCGCUAGCAGCCAAUCACAGAGCUCUAUCUCCACCCUGCCCAGAUUCUCCGUCAGCCCUGUGCCAAUAGGAGCGCGGAGGAAAGACCGGCCGUACCUGGAGGAACCUCGGAACGUGAUCGUUCACAAAGGGGCGGAGCCUCUGGGCAUCUCUAUCGUCGGUGGCGAGAACGGAGGCAUCUUCGUCUCCAAGGUGACGGGAGGCAGCAUCGCCAACCAGGCCGGCCUGGAGUACGGUGACCAACUCCUCGAGUAUAACGGUAUUAACCUGCGUAAUGCCACAGAGCAGCAGGCCAGGCUGAUCAUUGGUCAGCAGUGUGACACCAUCACCAUUAUGGCUCAAUACAACCCCCACAUGUACCAGCUGGGAAACCCCUCACGAUCCAGUUCUGGUCUGGAGCCGGUGAGCAGCCAGUUCACGCCCCAGGGCAGUGGAGCCACCACCCCAGACAACCACUCUACUAUAGACACUCUGAGUGAACAGGAUGAAGGAACACUCACCCCCUCCUCCAAACAGACCACCCCUACAACUAGUCCUCACAGCUUCAUCAGGGUGUCGUCAGAGGGCAGUCGUAAGGUGUGUGAGCCGCGGGUGGUGACGGUGCUCAGGGCCCAGGGUGCAGAGCUGGGGCUGGGGCUGUGUGGAGGGAACCUCCGGGGGGUCUAUGUAAAGAGUCUGGAGAAGGACAGCCCUGCUAGGGGACCAGAGGGCCUGCAGCCUGGGGACCUCAUACUGGAGUAUGGGUCAGUGAAUAUGAAGAACAAGACGGUGGAGGAGAUUUAUGUAGAGAUGCUGAAGCCGGCCGAGACCGUCACUCUCAGAGUCCAACAACGACCUGACGACUUCAACAUGGUUAAAGACACACCGGGGGACGGCUUCUAUAUCAGAGCACUUUAUGAGCGGACUGCAGAGGCAGAGCUGGACCUGAGUUUUCAGAAGGAUGACAUUCUGUAUGUGGAUGAUACUCUACCAAUGGGUAGCUUCGGCAGCUGGAUGGUCUGGCAGCUGGAUGAGAACGCACAGCGGAUCCAGAGAGGACAGAUCCCCAGCAAAUACAUGAUGGACCAGGAGUUGUACCGACACAGUAUGACAGAGCUGAAGGAAGACAAGGACAGUAAGAGUCUGUCUGCUGCCGCCAGGAGAUCCUUCUUCAGGAGGAAGCACAAACACAAACGCAGCGGCUCUAAAGACGGCAAGGAACUGGUGGCCCAGGACGCCAUUAGCACAGACUCCAUACCAUUUCUAGAGGACUGUGUGAGCCUGGCGUACCAGCGGGUCCAGAAGGUAGUGUGUGUUUCCUCUAGGCCGGUCGUGAUCCUCGGCCCUCUCUCAGACCCCGUCAAGGACAUGCUGGUUAAAGAGUCCCCCGGGAAGUUCUGCAGAUGUGUCCUGGAGGUGAUGAAGGCAUCCCAGCAGGCUAUAGAGCGCGGAGUCAAAGACUGCCUCUUCAUCGACUACAAACGCAGGAGUGGCCAUUUUGAUGUGACCACCGUGGCCUCCAUCAAGGAGAUCACAGAGAAGGACUGUCACUGUCUGCUAGACAUCGCGCCCCACGCCAUUGAGAGGCUGCACAGCGUUCACAUCUACCCUAUCGUCAUCUUCAUCCGCUACAAAAACGCCAAGCAGAUCAAGGAACAGAAGGAUCCAGUGUAUCUGCGAGACAAGGUCUCUCAAAAACAUUCCAAGGAGCAGUUUGAGGUUGCACAGAAGAUAGAGCAGGAGUAUAGCACAUUCUUUACAGGUAUUGUCCAGGGCGGCUCUCUGCCCUACAUUUGCACUCAGAUCAUAACUAUAGUUGACCAGGAACAGAGUAAGGUCCUGUGGACUCCCCUUGGCUGCCCCUAGAGGGUGGAGGCCACCACUGCACCCUUCUCCCCUAGAGGGUGGAGGCCACCACUGCACCCUGUUGCACUGCGCCUCUCCACUCACAACAAACACUAGAAAACCUUCCACACUAUACCAAUAGGUACACUACAGUAAGCUACUACACAUGUAAGCUAGAUAUUUGAGUUCUUGUUUUUAGGGUGUUGUUGAUUUGUACCUUUUUAACCAGAGCCUUUUCUUCUCUGUGUAAUCUGUAGCAGGUUGGUAGAAGUGACAGGGUGUUACACUUCAUUUGGUCUUCUCUAAGGGUUUUAAGGUGGUGUUUCUGUAAAGCUGCAUUGUAAGCAGUCUUUUACAGUUAAGACAUGAGUGUGUAUUGUUGUUAAAUAAUCUGCUGGAAUGUGUUAGACCCCCCUGACCCAGAAUCAGCCCUUAAAUCAAACCUGUGUAUCAAAUGACAUCACCCUGUUUUACACACCCCAUUCAAUGACUGACAACUAAUAAUGUGGAAUAAUAAUAACUGUGUGUGCGUAUGAAUCGUGUGUACGAGAGAGAGAGUAAUAUUAUUGAUGAAUUGUAAUGACUUUGUUGGUUGGAUUGAAACAUGGUCUUUGAUAUUGGUAUGAAGUUGACGCCAUAGAAACGUUACCUGUAGAACAGACAAACCUCUCCAAGCGAUAUGUCUUAUCGGUCUUCUGUCAAAAAUGUUUUAUCCAAAAGGCGAUUUUGAAAGGGUCAAAUCAAACAAUAUUUUACAGCUUUCAAUCAUACCAAACUUCGGUGUGCAUCACGUGUGUAACUGUGUCAAAUUCAAUUGUGUGUCUAUAGCAAAGCAAAAGCCAUGAAAAUCACACAUGGCAGUAGCGAAUGGUGUCUGGUCUACUCGUUGCGUUUCUAUGGUUACUGCACGUGAGUGGACAGUUUACGGGCUUAUCGGAAGUGCCUUCCGUCGGAGACAGGCCCCCAUUCCUUACCCUUUCCGAUCUGAUGGAACAGAAUAAGUUGAAGCAAUAUGGCGAUAGGACCUGCCCAUUGGAAGGCUAGCUGGAGCCAUCACCAUGCUGUUCACACCCAUCUGUUACCUUCAGAUCUGCAAACACCAUGAAGUUAACACUAGGGUUGCAAAAUUCCCUGUAGUUCCAGAAAUCCCAGUUGGAGGAUUCCUGGAAUCGGGAGGUGAAUAAACAGGAAAUCCGUAAACCAAGGAUUUUAUUGAAAGUUCACAGAAUUUUUCAACCCAAGUUAACACUAGGUCUGCAAACAAACACUAUAGGUCUGCAAACAAACACUAUAGAGCAGGGCUUCCCAAACUCAGUCCUGGGGUCCACCCAGAGCUUGUUUUGGAAUGAGACCGUACAGAGCGUAUGACAAUGGCAAGGUUGUGAGGGUAGGCCAGACGGUGACCACCUCAGAAUACACUCCAGGGCUAGACAGACCACUGUGUCUCCAUCACAUAUCUAUCUGUCACAUAUUUAAAGACAAUAUAGAGAAAAUAUAUAUAUGUUUGGGUGAGUGUACAUGCCUCACAGGGGCCUAUGGACUGUAACAGUAUGCAGAUGAAUUAUUCUAUAGUACAUGUAUUUCAACUAGUUCUCAGGCCUGUGGAAGUUCAGUAGUCAUGUCUUAGCAGGUAUUUGCAUGUUUUACUGUUUUUGUCUUUGGUUGUCACCUUUUUUAAAUGUACUCACAAACCAGAAUGACACCAUGGAGCAAAUAUAUAUAUAUAUUUUUUCUUAUUCCUUAAUAAAACCAUUUAAAUGUUAGUGAUAUUUUUUUUCCAUUGUUAUUUAAUGUAUUUUUGUAUUUUUAUCUAAGAGGCAUAAACACAUUCUCCUGCAUCCUAAUGUGCCAAAAUCCAGUACGUCAGUUUGAUCUUUUUUAUUUCUGUUUUGCACUUGUUAUUCUGUGGACCUUAACAAAUGGUUCCUAGGUUUCCCAGUAGACAUUAUAAAUAAAUAGGUACUAUAUCAUUUUUACUAACUAAUUCACAUUUUAAAUGUAUCACAUUAGUUCCAUACAUUUCAUUGAUGGCCUUUUUAUUCUUUAAUCAUCUUGAUUAGAAAACAGACAGACAGAAUGCUCCUCCAUAUUUGCAUUCUUGCUGAAAAAGGGACUUAAUGCACAGUUUUUCAAAGGAAAAUCAGAUCUGAAGUUUGACUAUUGGGCUGUAUGAUAGGCAUAUUAAGUACAAUUGUAAUGUACAUUUUUUUGUAGUAGGUAGAGAUGGUUUACAAUGAGGGAUGCCAUGUGAAAUGGUUGUAUUUCUAAGAAUGACAAGCUGCCAGGUACUGUUCUGCGGUUUUAUUUUCUUUGAAAAAUGUGAUAUGUAUCAAAUGUUAAGACAUGAACAUUAGAAUAAAAGUCAUUUUCUCUAUCGCAAUGACA